GCCUAGAUUUAAGAGAGGGACUAGAGCAACUUCGUUGGACGUGAGGGACCAACUUUAGCUAUGGGGAGCGUUUGGAAUACGCUUCCUGGGCAGAGUGACAAAGUGGCCGCAAGUGCGCAUGCUUUGCGUUGUCACGUGGUGGAAAGGAAAGCGAGAGGAAAGGUCUCAGCUCGUAAUGCAAGAGCGGCCCAUAAACCACGUGACCCCGAUCAUGCAGUUGGAAACACUAAAAAAUAUAGGCACACUAGGGGCCACCUGCCUAACGCGAUGGGAGACGAAGGUGCGUUUGACGAGGAUCCUGAUCUUUACGAGAUCACUGAUUUUACUACGUCAACGGAAUGGGAAAGGUUCAUUGCCUCUGUAGAAGCAAUUAUCCACGAAUGGAAGUUGACAUCGGUGAAGCCAGUGGAGCCAUUGAAAGAGGGUGAACUGUCAACUGGAUGCUGGGAGACAUCAGCAGAAGACAUCAAGUUUGCCAGCUUUUCAUUCAAGAUUACAAGGCACUACCUUGCUGGAUCUACCAAGUGUGGGGAUGAUGGUGAAAGUCUGGAAGAUGAACCAGCUCCAUUUGUAUUGGAGGACAUGAUGAACCUGGGAAAUGAUUUUCCACCUCGUGCCCACUAUCUUGUUCGGUGGUACGGGCUGCGAGACUUUCUGGUCAUUUCACCAAGCAGUGACGAGGAGGCUAUUUCCAAUGAGGACAAGACCAGGCUGCUCGUCAGCUCUGUCUGCGUUGCGCUGACCAACUCUAAAUGCCCCCUACCGGUCUUUGUGCAGUUGCACCACCCGCAGGAGCGGCUCUGCUAUGGUGUUUGCUUGGGCAGCGGCCUGACAACCUACUUCGACAUGGUGCACCUGAGCCAUGUGCCCCAGGCCUGCAGCAACCUCUCGGGUCUCUUGUCUCUUUUCAAGAGCAAGCUGUCUUACUCAUCUCAACUGAACCUACCUCCAAUUCAACUGACCAUUCGGUUCACUUACCUUAUCAACGACUGGUCUUUUUAUAUCUGGCCUCAUCCUCCGCCUGAUGUGAAGGACGGCUUUUUUGAUAUGGAGAACCUCAAGCUAGGAAAGCUUCCGUUCGGUGCCUUAGAAGAUCCCAUUGGGGAAAUGCAGCUCUCUGUUACAUGGCCAUCCAUUCCAGAAGACAUUAUUGUUGAUAAUGAUGUCUACAGCGAUCUUUGUCCUGCAAAUGCUCCCAAGUGGUCAGUCCGAAUGCGCUGGAAUGAAAACCCACAUUGCCUUAUGGAGGAGUACCUUGGAAACUUUGCUGUUGUUUGUAACAUGAGAGAAUCCUUGGAUGAUGUACUCAAGAACAUGGUGUUAGAAGAUGACCUUCCUGCCAAGACUGAGAUCCUGGAUGCCCUGGACCGACUGGCCCAGCCCAACCCUCUGUCGUUCCGGCUGCCCCAGAUGCCUCGUUCAGAGGGGGCUCUCGGAGACCACGCUAAUACACUCCUUGGAAAUCAAGAUCUGCUUGUCGAGGUUCUGGGCUACGUCUUCCUGACUGCUGAUGCUGAACCUGAAGCAAAGGGUUCAACUGUUGGAAGUGCAGAACUUGAUUCUCCCUCUGAAAAUGUUGGCCCCACUUCCAAGCUUCUGGAGCUGAAGGAGAGUUUCCAUUCACUCAAGACAACACAUACCAACAGUCUCCUGUGGCGUUUGGCCCUUGCUGCCGUUCACGUGUACCAUACCUGCGGGGGCAUCGAGGCACUGGCUCAGCUCUGGGUCAAAGUGGUAGCCGAGAUACGCUACUACUGGGAAAACAACCUCACUCUACCCAGUCUGGAGCCUGGGGCACCCAACCUGGCAGCUUCUUUAUUGCACCAGAAGCUUCAGAUGCUGAACUGCUGCAUCGAAAGGAAAAAGAAGCGGGAACGCUGGCAACUUCAGACGAGUGAGUCUGCAGCCCAGCAGAAGUCGGGAUCGAGCGAGAGUGACGACGAAAUUUUCUACGAGUGCCCCGACGACAUGGAUGCCUCAAGUGACACGGCAGAUGCUGUCAGUGCACAUUCUCCUAAGGAUGGCGGAGGUACUUCAGACUCACAGGACAAGAGUCGCGAGGGCAUACUCCGUCGCUGUGGUGACAUGACACUGCUGGAAACCGGAGAGCCGCUACAGAUUCCCGUGACACAGGAACCUUCGCCAAUGACUGAGGAUAUGCUGGAGCAACAUGCAGAUGCUCUGGUAAAACUUGGGAGCAAUCCUGAAGGCGCUGUGCUGCGAGCUCGGAUGCAGAGUGCUUGCCUGUUCUCAGACAUGGAAGCUUUCAAAGCUGCCAAUCCUGGGGCCACGCUGAGUGACUUUGUCCGAUGGUAUUCACCGCGGGACUGGAUAGCUCCUGUGGUAGACCCAGUGACAGGAAAGACGCUGGAAGAAGGUCACCUGAGUCACCGCAUGCAGCUGCCUGGCAACACAUGGCAAGAGGUGUGGUCCACAGCACGGGCCGUUCCUGCGCACCGCCAGAAGCGCCUCUUUGAUGACACCAAGGAAGCAGAGAAGGUUCUUUAUUACCUGCUGUCUCUGCGCCCAGCUGAAAUUGUGAAACACCUGAUGCCGAUCUUGAUUCACUGUGCUCUGUCACAUAUUAUUGACAACGCUCAUAAUGGACCACGGUCCCUCACCACAUUCCUGGAGCAAGCCGUAACCAAGAUUGCAGCACAGCUUCGGACAAAAGAGCCAAAGUUUAGGGAACUUCUAGGCCUGCUGUAUGAAGCAGAAGUUGCAGUUGCUCGUCUUGAGAGCCUCCGAAAGAAGUUUGGUGCUGGGCAGGAAGCAGCCGACAAGCUGGCCGCUUCCCCUGGCUACAUUGCUCCGAGGAGGAGCCAUUCAUCAGGGACUGCUCGGCUGGCAGACACCAAAAAGCAAGCAGCAAAUCAAGUCGACGACUUUGUCUUGGAGCUUGUGGACAACACCGAGGUGGAGGUCUCGGGGGCCGGCGGAGGGCCUAUUGGCAGGACGAUCACGCAGCUCUUUUGUGAAUCUCAGAAAGGGAGCGACUCUGCUUCGGAAAGUGAAGAGGACCAAGAGCCCAAGUUUGCCAGCCCGGCUGGGCGUGAAUACAUCUUGCGAGCCAGGUGUGCCUGCCCGACCCCUGCUGCCAGGGCUACACCACAGCGCCUCUACUGUGUGGUGGCUGGCAAUGACUUUAGACUGGCGGGAGCCUUUACCCAUGACGCCGUCUUUUACUGAUGCUCCUAUACUGCUAGAGGCAGCUCACAUCGUCUCCUGGUGGGAACCGCAGCCCACUUAGGAUGCAGGGCCUCGUUUAUCUUUGGGCUUGGAAGCUGUCAAAGCGAGCAAUUUGCUUUUCAUACCUCUACUCCAUUUCACUUUUUGAACUAAGUAUGCAGCGAAGGCUAUGGAUAUGGGUUCAUAACUUUGAAUUAAGCUCAAUACAUGGGUGCUCAAGUAUUAGAAGCACCCUUCAAAGCUGUGCAUUUGUGCACAUAACUUUUGCUGUAUACUGUUGUUAACGUAAUAUGGAGCGCAGUAAAUCAACCUAUAUAGGUUAUAUUAAUUGCAUUUAUGUGACUGUUUGAUAUCUUUUUUUUUUUUCUUUUUUGUUUAAUUGGGUGAGGGGUGUAGACUGAAUUUUUGCUUGCUGGAAAGUAUGGGUGGUGGUCACAAAGUCUUCCAAAUUCAUAUUCAAACUUAGAUUCACUUUUUAGAAUUAUAAAAUGUGGCAUAAAUAAUGCUAGCUUUGUGUGCUUCUUCUAUCACUUGUGAGAUUAAACUACAGUGACAGAUAUCAAGAACAAAAUUAGCCACAGUGCAGACUUAGGAUUGGGGUGCUUUGCUUGGAGUACAGAAAUGAUCGCUGUCAAGUGCCCUGGUGAUAGCGUUACAUUUGACUGUAAAUAUACGCACUACAUGUGUACAUUUCCUUCUAUAUUAGUAUGAUGCCUAAGCACACGUUUAUUUCUUAACAGUUGCUACCUUCAAUCUUUCCCCUUUGCACACCUGUACAACUAAUGUUCACUGACAAUCUCGGUCUCUUUCCUUUGGUUGGUUACUGAUUAAAGGUUUUUCAAAAUAA